UACCCAGAAUGCAGCCCAUAAUAUAAACAGCAAAACAGAGAUGAAAGUUUCUUUCAAGUUCCUCUUUCUGCGGCCCUGGUUUGCAAAGAAAAGAGAGCGUUGUUCGAGUUUCCUUCCGUACGCGGGACGACUGCUGCCCGUAGGCGAGUCGAACUCGGAGCUGCUUUUCCCCCUUCCUCCUCUUCGAUUCGGUCGCUAAAAUCGAGAUACGAGACUUUCGGAUCGUAUACAGGAAGGAUCGCUCUGUUGGCUUGAUUAUACUAUAUCGAAGCGAUUCUAUUCGGUCAUAUUUUUAUCUCUACGAACAUGGGAAUUUCCGAGGCAGCUCUGCAUGUGGUGCCUGGGCCUGCACCAAGACAUUUUUGUUCCGGUUUAUAUAUAAACACUUCACAAUUAAGUAUACCCUCCAAACCUAGUGGAAAGUACAGAAAGAAGAAGUGCUCUGUGAACCUGAGAUCUCAGUCUAAUUGCAUGAGGGUAUGUGGGGUCUGGGUCAUCAAUAGUCGAUCAGAGUCUCUAAAAUGCCGGUGCCAGAUGACUGAGGAUAUCACUGGGAUGACUAGUAACGAUGGUAAUGGGGCCUGGCUUAAAGAACCGGCUAGCAAAGCAAGCCAGAUUUUUGCUGAUGUGAAUAGUCAGAAAGUUAUUGGUUUGGAGAAUGGACCUGCCGUGGCAAUUGAUGAUAAAUCCGUUUUGGCUGGAUCAGCUAAACAUGCAAUGCACAAGAAAAGAGGAAAUUCUGUCGAGGAUGAAGCAUGGAGUUUAUUGCAAGAAUCUGUGGUUUAUUACUGUGGUAGCCCUGUUGGAACAAUCGCUGCAAAGGACCCCUCUGACAGCAAUGUUCUAAAUUAUGAUCAGGUCUUCAUCCGUGACUUCAUACCUUCUGGAAUUGCUUUUCUUUUGAAAGGAGAGUAUGAAAUUGUCCGCAACUUUAUCCUUCACACCCUUCAGCUUCAGAGCUGGGAGAAAACGAUGGAUUGCCAUAGUCCAGGUCAAGGGCUGAUGCCUGCUAGCUUCAAGGUGAGGACAGUUCCACUUGAUGGUGAUGACUUGGCAACUGAGGAGGUGUUGGAUCCUGACUUUGGAGAGGCUGCAAUAGGCCGUGUAGCACCAGUUGAUUCAGGCUUAUGGUGGAUUAUACUGCUAAGAGCUUAUGGAAAAUGCUCUGGGGACCUAUCAGUUCAGGAAAGAAUUGAUGUCCAGACAGGAAUUAAGAUGAUUUUGAAGCUUUGUCUGGCUGAUGGUUUUGACAUGUUCCCAACUUUACUGGUGACAGAUGGGUCAUGUAUGAUAGACCGCCGGAUGGGAAUUCAUGGCCACCCUCUUGAAAUUCAGGCGCUCUUCUAUUCAGCACUUCUAUGUGCACGCGAGAUGCUUGCACCAGAAGAUGGAUCUGCAGACCUUAUUCGAGCAUUAAAUAACAGGCUAAUAGCAUUGUCAUUUCAUAUCAGGGAAUAUUAUUGGGUUGACAUGAGAAAACUCAAUGAGAUCUACCGAUACAAAACAGAGGAGUAUUCUUAUGAUGCAGUUAACAAGUUCAACAUCUACCCAGAUCAGAUUUCUCCAUGGCUAGUGGAGUGGGUGCCUGAUAAAGGAGGCUACUUUAUUGGGAAUUUGCAGCCUGCUCACAUGGAUUUUCGUUUCUUUUCUCUUGGAAAUCUGUGGUCUAUAGUAAGCAGUUUGGCGACAGUGCAUCAAUCACAUGCCAUUUUGGACCUGAUAGAGGCCAAAUGGUCUGACUUGGUGGCAGAUAUGCCAUUUAAGAUAUGUUAUCCUGCUCUUGAGGGUCAGGAAUGGCGAAUCAUUACUGGCAGUGAUCCCAAGAACACCCCCUGGUCAUACCACAAUGGCGGCGCUUGGCCAACAUUGCUCUGGCAGCUUGCAGUUGCAUGCAUCAAGAUGAACAGGCCAGAGAUUGCCGCAAGGGCUGUUGAGGUUGCAGAGAAGCGCAUAGCAGCUGAUAAAUGGCCUGAAUAUUAUGACACUAAGCAAGCUCGGUUCCUUGGGAAACAAUCUCGGUUGCACCAGACGUGGUCUAUUGCAGGCUUUCUUGUGGCGAAGCUUCUGCUCGACAACCCCAAUGCUGCUAAAACUCUCUGGAAUGAUGAGGAUGCAGAGAUCCUUAAUGCGUUAAAUAUUAUGGGUGAUCCAUCCAACCCAAGAAGAAAAAGGGGGAGGAAAGUACUAAAGAAGACUUACAUUGUAUGAGGUGACGGUAUUGGCCUUCUUUUUCUUUUUUUUUCUUUUUAAGCCCUAAUUUAUUGGAAGGGUUUGCGACGCUAGUUUGCUCACCUAAUGGCAGAUCAAGAAGUAUGCGAUGUUAUCCAGCCUUUCCGCAUGCUGCUCACCCUUCUGAAAUGUAUAGAUGUAUUCUUUCAGAGUGCUUGUUUUAAUUUAAUUUUCUGCUUCAUCCAUCAGCCUGAUGAAUUUGGAUGCUAUGAUUGUAUAAGCCGAUUAUAGAACAAAUUACUUAUAAUCUUGGAAUGCUUACCCUUGGUGGGUGGAUUGUAGAUGUACGAAUAAUCUUUUUAA